AUGCUGGCACGAAUCCCAUCCCUCGUCGCGCUCACCAUCAUUCUUCUAUCAUAUGCGACUUCAACUAUCUCCGUCGCGGUCGUUCGGCGGCAUCACGCAGAGGACGGCGUUGAUGCGUUUACUCCCGCCGAACUAGUACAUCCUCGAACUGAUGACGAGAGCCACUUGGUUGUACUCGAAGGGCGCCGCAAUGCUCUGGCAAGAGUCGCCGUCAACGGAAUCAAGGCUAUAAUACGCAAAGUACAGCGCACACUGGACGAAGACAAGGACGCCCGUGGAAAGUUUACAUACAACCUUGUUUCGGAGAUGCAACAGCAGUACCCUGGAUUCAAUUGGGUUGUCUGCCAUACGAAGCACGAGACCAAGUUCGAUGGAGAGAAAGGGAAAGAGUGGGAUCACAGACACCAGGAGUUUGAUAUCAAACUCGGUGGCACUGUCGGAUUUGAGAUUUAUAACCUGAAAUCUGGGGAGUUCAUUCGCCAGGGAGACGGUGGAUUCCUUAAUUGGGCAUAUAUUGGCAAUGUCGCUAGCAAGAGUGGAGAUGGCAAGGUCAUCAAGUUUUUGAGCCCUUGA